CAAGAUUCCAAUCCAUAUUCUCGCAACGCCAAAGCCGCGGACCAGCUGAUUGAUGCUUAGCGUUAACAGCAUCGUAUGUUGUAAAGAAGUAUGCCCCUCCGCGGCUUUAUCCCAGGGCUCUUCGAGUCGCCGGCGGCCCCCCGAAACACAGGCUUCAUAAUUAGCUCCUCGGUCGUAGCGACGCUUGCCAUCCUCACCAUCGGACGACUCGCUCUUCAAACAACUCCGCCCAAGACCAUUCCCAGCCCGCGCACCACUCAACUCCCCCAUCUCUCAAAAGAUGAACAGGAUGCGUUGCCCUAUCCCCCUGAUGUCUUCCCAGGGGCUCGCGACGUCGGGAGCCCGUACGGCACGAUCAGAGUCUACGAAUGGGGUCCAGAGAGCGGGCGAAAAGUGCUGCUGAUCCCUGGGAUUAGCACACCCUGCGUUUCCAUGGGCGGCAUCGCAGAGGGGCUCGUCGACCACGGCUGCCGCGUCAUGGUCCUCGACCUCUUCGGUCGAGGCUACAGCGACGGCGUCGCCGACCUACCGCACGACUCCCGCCUCUACGCCACCGAGAUCCUGCUCGCCAUCACCUCGUCCCCGCUCUCCUGGACCCCCGAAGGCUUCAGCCUGAUCGGCUACUCGCUCGGUGGCGGCAUCGUCGCUGAUUUCGCGAGCUGCUUCCCGUCGCUGGUCCGCGGCCUGGUCUUACUCGCUCCCGCAGGCCAGCUGCGCUCGCAUCAUUUUGGAUGGCAGAGCCGUCUGCUGUACUCCAGGCUGCUGCCGAUGGGGCUUUUACAGCGCAUCGUGCGCGGUCGGCUUACCGGCGGCGGUGGCAGCAGCAGUAGCGGGCCCGCGAGCAGCGAUCCCACGACGGCAGUCGGGGAGGAGAUCCGAGGCGCGCGCGACCCGGUAUUUGAGAGCGCGCCGCUGUCGCGUAAGAGACCGUGGUUGACGGUCGGGCCGGCAGUAGAGUGGCAGCUUCAAAACCACGCGGGGUUCGUGAACGCCUUCGUGCGUUCCAUCCAGUGCUCGUCGAUUGCGGCGACGAACGAGACGAGGGAGGCGUGGGCGAAGCUGGGGCAGAGGGAGGACAAGGUGUUGAUCUUUGCCGGGAGUACGGAUCCGAUUAUAUUGCCGCAUGAGCUGGAAGCAGAUGCUACGGAGAUCAUUGGGAAGGAUAAGAUAGAGUGGAGGGUCAUAGACGGCGGUCACGAGUUCCCCCUAACGCGCGCAGAGGAAGUCGUGAAAGAGAUCUGUGGUGUUUGGGGCUUAUAGAAUGGAUGUUAUGGUAUAUAGACACAGACUUAUUUAGACGAUUUUAGACCUAGACAAGGUUGGUUUAUGAAGAUAGAUGAUUUUGAUGCUCUUCAAAUAUCUGCUCUUGUAUUAAGCUAG